AUGGAGGCCAAGGAUCUUGCUGCGACAUUGGUUGAGGUGCGAACUGAGAGCAUCAAGAGGCAGCUGGUUAUCGCCUCAGGAUAUUUUGCAGGAGACGCCAUCAGCCCACCAUCGGAGGAAGUACAACGCCUCAUCGAAUGGUGCCGCAGGGAGAAGAAACAACUGAUUCUGGGCUGCGAUGCGAACGCACACCACAAAGUAUGGGGCAGCACAGAUAUAAAUCAUAGAGGUGAGGAUUUCCUUGAUUUUCUAUUUUCUUCUAACAUAGAGAUAGAGAAUGUGGGUAAUAGUCCAACCUUCAUGAAUGCGAUCAGAAGGGAAGUAAUUGACCUGACACUGGCGAUACCUUUUAUUGCUGGGAUGGUCAAGAACUGGAGGGUCUCAGAAGAACCAUCCAUUUUAGACCAUAUGGCAAUUGAAUUCAACGUUGAAGCAACUGCUUCAGCUGAUGUUGAGUGCAGGAUACCCAGGAAGACAGACUGGGAACUUUAUAUAGCCCACCUAAGUUCUGAUCUGAAGAAAACUGCUAGGAAAGCCUUCAAUAAGGCUAAGCGAGAAGGCAGCUGGAAUGCCUACAGACUGGCCCUGACCAACUACAACAAAGAGGUCAGGAAAGCCAAAAGGCAGUCCUGGAGAAGCUUCUGCGAGGGAAUAGAUAAAACAGCCCCAGCAGCUAGACUUCAAAAGGUACUAUCUAAGGAUCACUCCAACCCAAUUGGCCAAAUAAAGAAGCCAUGUGGCCUAAAAAAGAGCCUAAGAGCUCUCUUAGAGACUCACUUUCCUGGCUCCAGGCAGAUAACCAGUGAAGAUGGGGCCCCCGCUGGGGAAGUAUACAACCCCACCAGGUGGGAUUCUCAGAAAAUUGGUAGACUAUUCACACCAGAAAGAAUUGAUGGGCGAUAA